UGGCGGGAGGGGGAGGAAGCGGGAGGGCGGGUCUCUCAUUGCUUGAUCAGAAGAACAUUUUUUGGAUAUCCCCUAACUAAAGCAGGUUCUAGUCUGGUCCAGAAGUCUAAAGAUGUUUGUUUGAGGUUCUGCAGACCACGAAGUUCUACAACAGCUGCUGACGCGUCUGGAGAGGACACUUUACUCAAGUGGGGCCUUUUCCUGGUCCCUCUGACCACAUUCUGUCUUGGCACAUGGCAGGUUCAGCGACGAAAGUGGAAAUUAGAUUUGAUUGCACAACUGGCAUCAAGAAUUACAUCAGAGCCCAUCCCUCUGACAUUAGACCCCAUGGAAUUGAAGGAAUUGGAGUACAGACCUGUAAAGGUCCGAGGGCAUUUUGACCACUCCAAGGAGCUCUAUAUUUUACCACGGUCACUUGUGGAUCCUGAGCGAGAAGCCAGAGAGGCUGGGCGGCUGACAUCGCACCCAGAAAAUGGAGCAAAUGUCAUCACUCCUUUCUACUGCACAGAACUAGGGGUCACGAUUUUAGUCAACCGAGGAUUUGUGCCCAAAAAGAAAUUGAAACCGGAGACCAGGCUGAAGGGACAGAUUGAAGAUGAAAUUGAUCUCACUGGGGUGGUGAGGUUAUCAGAAACCCGGAGACCUUUUGUGCCUGAAAAUAACAUUGAGAAAAACCGCUGGCACUACCGUGACCUGGAGGCUAUGGCGAAGGUGACUGGCGCUGAGCCCGUCUUUAUCGAUGCAGAUUUCAGAAGCACAGUCCCAGGGGGGCCCAUUGGAGGCCAGACAAGGGUGAGCCUGAGGAACGAGCACAUGCAGUACAUCAUCACCUGGUAUGGCUUAUGUGCUGCAACUUCAUUCUUGUGGUACAGAAAAUUUAUCCAGAAACUUCCUCUGUGAGGGGAAGGGCUCAUCUCUUCUGCACUACAGCCAGGAGCAGACUUUGAUGGAAAACAGCAAUCUGAUCAGGCCACACUAACUGAAGCACCAAGUUUCAAGGCAACACGCUUUCGCUGAGCUUAAGCAGCUAUUGAGCUGCAAACAGACAUGACUCCAAGCUCCUUUGAGGCUGCAGCUUGGAUGCACUGAACUUCAAAAUUUUAAGUGACUGUUAAGACUACUGCAUAAAUCAGCUUCAC